AUGGCAGGGACGGCAGCCGCUUGCGCUGCCAUAGCGGUACCGCAUGUCGUAUACCUCAUCAUGUGGACCCGACCAGAGAUAUGGUUGAGACGAUGCAAGAGGAUAGGAAGGGAUCCUUGCAGGGAGAUGGCCUGGUGGAUGGUAGCAAUGAAAGGGAUACAGGCGAUUGCAGUGCUGUUGUGGCUUUGGAAGGUGGAAGGUGGUAGUGGGAGGCUAUGGUGGGAGACGUGGACUUUUAACCUCUACAGAGCAUUUGCAGUUGUACUCUUCUGUGCUGGACAGUUCCUCAACGUAGCAUGCUACAAGGCUCUAGGGUUAAAUGGAAUCUAUUACGGAGUGAAGUACGGCAAGAAGGUACCAUGGUCGCAUGAGUGGCCCUACGGAGGCAAGUUUUCCUUGAGGCAUCCCCAGUACGUGGCAUCGGUGAUGACAGUGUGGUGUGCCAUGCUUCUCUUGAGCCUGGAUGUACACUAUCUCAACGGAGCUUACGUGAUCCUUGGGUUUUGGACCGCCUGCUACGUGGCAACAGCUCUUUCGGAGGAUCUUUUGUAG